AUGAUCACUCUUCCCCUCCUACUCCUCUUCUCAUUUUUCUUCCUUUCAUCGCCAACAUACUCUAAAUCGCCUAUCGAGAUUACUCAGCACUGCUCGUUCAUUGGAUUGGGUACCGUAGCUAAAGGUCUAUCUACAUCGGAUGGAGCAUGUAGAUAUACAGUAAGGUAUGGAAGGGCAGAGAGAUGGGGUGAAAGCGAAUUGGCAAUGGAUGAUAUCAAAAACCAAUCCUUCUCGGAUCUUCCAUCCUCUUGUCCUCAAUCACCUGGAAGUUACGUAUCGGGCAAUGAACAAUCUGAAGAUUGCUUGUUCGCCGCGAUCUAUAUCCCUCAAUCGGCUACUCUUCUCUCGAAAUUACCUGUCUUCGUAUGGUUACACGGAGGUUCAUAUAUCGCUGGAUCAGCUUCUGCACCUGGUUUAGACGGAUCGAAACUGGCUGUAAAAGGGAAUGUUAUAGUUGUGGUCCUACAAUAUCGUCUAGGUGUACUAGGUUUCUUACCUCCUUCGUCUGCAUCAUCAUCCUCAGAUCCCAAUCUCGGUUUGAGAGAUGUCAGACUCGCCCUGAAAGGGAUCCAGGAGGGAAUAGGUUUCGUGGGUGGUGAUGAAGAUAAAGUGACCAUUGGGGGACAGAGUAGUGGGGCAGGUCUCAUCAGAGCAUUGCUGGGAGUACCGGAUGCGAAAGGAUUAUUCAGAGGAGCUAUUAUACAAUCUGAUCCAAUGAGCUACGGGAAUGCCCCACCUUCCAUCACAACCCAAUUACAAGAUGCGUUCUACAGUCAGGAACCUAUGAAUGAAUGUACCGACCUGAAAUGUCUACAAAGUAUUCCUUCAGCUUCCGUUAUCACUGCUCAGAACGUGUUGCUUUCGACUGCUCCGCUGAUGAUUGAGGGAUUACCCAUAUCUAUGCCCAUUCGUCCAACAUUUGGUAAUCCAACCUUACCCUCCGACCCUACCGUCUCUUUAUUCACUUCCCCCUCUGACCUACCUCUAUGGGAUAUCCCACUGCUCAUCACGACAGUGGCCAACGAAGCGGGUACGGCUGUCUCCGAGCUGUUCCCAGCUCCAGUAGCAUUAUCGCAAGAUAGUUAUUACGCUACGCUAGCAGCGACUAUCGGUUCCGAUAGAGCAGAGAUCCUAUCUUCAUCAAGGGAGUAUGGUCUCCCGAAUGCGACGGGGUAUGGCGAAGGUGGAGAUGUCUUUAGAGAAACGUAUGAGAGAGCAGCGACAGAGGGAACUUGGACUUGCCCCAAUAGAGAUGUUGCGAAGCGGUGGAGUAGGAAUGGUGGCAAGGUAUGGGUAGGUCAAUGGAAUAAAGGUGUUACGUAUCCUUCCAAUAAGGAUAAUGGGUAUUGUCAGUCGAAUGGAAGAGUUUGUCAUGAAGAUGACAUUUAUCCUACCUUUGGUACUUCACCAGACAAAUCUGCAGAAAUAUCUGCUUUGGAAGAAGACGUUUUCUCAUAUUGGAUAUCAUUCAUCACCACCCUCAACCCCUCACCGUCAACCACCAAACGGGAUUAUAUCGAUUGUCGUCGAUCUUUCAGAGAAUGGGUCUCGUGGUUAUGGCCAUUCAAAAGAGCCAUGAUUCCUCAAGUGCGCUCAGGCUCGAGUUCCGAGAACUGGUCGCCUUAUACUUCAGAAGCCGACGUCUUGGCUCUAGGUAGUGGAGAUAUUAGUCGUUGUCCAGAGGGAUUUUGGGGUGACAAGGCCAAAUACGAUUGGCAAUUGUAUGGACAGUAG